UCCGCACUGUGCACAAAGUACACGCUGGAAGAGUAAACAAACCGAAGCGUACAGUUUUAACAAUACAACACUGCUUACUGUACUACUACUGAGGUCUAGUCAUCCUCCUAGGCUAGGCCUACUACUUAUCUCUGGCCCAGUGACCGGAUCAUCUGAUGAACUUGUUAGAAGCCUUUUUCAGCUCAGUCAUCAGACUUUGUUGCUCUCUACAGAAUCUGUUGUUGUUAGCAUGAGUUCUGCAUCGUGUUAUACAUUUGGUCAGUAUGUUUUGAAGGCAUCGCAAGUUUUUAUCCGCUCGAGGUUAUCAAUUGCCUUUGUAAACAGGAAACCAGUUGUACCUGGGCAUGUUCUUGUUUCACCUAUCAGGGUGGUUCACAGGUUUCGAGACAUGACAAUUGAAGAGGUCAGUGACCUAUUCCUAGUUUCCCAGCUUGUUUCCAUGGAGAUUCAAACACAUCAUCUCUGUCCAUCCUUCACCCUAUCAAUGCAGGAUGGAAAAGAAGCUGGACAAACUGUCCAUCAUGUACAUGUCCACAUUUUACCAAGGAAAGCUGGAGAUUUUCAGAAUAAUGAUGAUAUUUACACUGAGAUUGAGAAACAUAAUGAUAGUCUACAUCUUGAUAAUCCUGGAGAUCAAUGGAGGUCAGAUGAAGAAAUGGCAGAAGAAGCAUCUAUAUUAAGGAAACUUUUUGACAAAAAAUAUACUCAAAAUAUUGAAUAAUACAUAAUUAAAUUUUAUUAAUUCUCAGGGGUGUAAAUUGAAUUUUUUUUAUUGAUAUUAACUAAAAGGUAUUUUUAUAAAAUUUAAUGUUGGUAAUAAUUGUAAUUAUUUGGCUAAAAAAUAAUUAAAAAUAUAUCUUUAUAUUCAGUUACAAAAUCAGAUAAACAAAUCGUGUACUUGUGUUUGCAGUCUGUCAGUCAAUAAACUUGAAAGGCCGAAAAGCAAGA